AGGUUUCCGGUUGAAUAUCCAGAUGCAGAUCAGCUUGAAGAAAGUUACACGUGCACUGCAUAACGCUUACAGCUUUAGAAGAACAAGAAGUUUCCAAAAAGAAUAGAUGCUCAUACGCCAAAUAGGCCCUACCUAGUACUAGAAUGAAAAAGAGGCGUCUUUUUUGACGCCGAUAACGUUAACCAAACAGUGUCCCGUGCUGGGUAUAUCAUCAUCAUUAACUAUCUACAAUUACAAUCAAAUAACAUAAAGAAAAACAACAGCGACAUCGCUUGUCGUGCGGUAAUUUUAGACAUAAGCAUGGUAGCCUUGUGUGUGGGCGAGCAAGAAGGUAGUCCAGGGCACCAAGACGUUGACAUGGACGAGGCGACGGAGUCGCCGUCAACAAAGCGUGAUUUCUAUACGAAUACGAGCAGGGUGGAAGGUGAGAUUUCCACGACGGCGACAACUUCCAAGAACGUGAUGGAGGACCUGCACGCGAAUAUUCUUAAGACUUCGCCUUCUAAUAAUUCAUUGAUUCAUCUUCUUUUCUUUGAGAAGAAUCUUGGAGCCUGUGCCUGUCGUUUCCUCAGCGGAAAGCACGUCAAAGAUACAACUUCCUAUGUCAAGCACCUCCUCUCCCUUUCAUGCUGAACUUACUCCCCGAAUGGGUAGACUAUUAUUAUUAUGAUGAUGAAUUAAGGGAAGCUCUAAUCUUCGGGUGCCAUCCGACUAUCGUCCGGAUGAACACCGACUGGAGACCUUCUGGACCUUCUCCUACGACCGCAAGCACAAAAACAAACAGAAACACACGGCCGCCAAAACAGGAACGACUCCGAGAGGCAUCGACAAUAAUUCCAGCAAUGACGAUUCAGAUGCCGUUAAUCCAGCGGCCAUCCGUGAGUCAGCGGCGGAAAAGAUAGUUGAAGCAGAUUCAGUCGCAGCCGAUGGAGCACCAGUGGUAGUCAUGCACGUUUCGAAAAGUGCAAUGCCAGUCGCGAACAACAUCCUCAAAGCUGAACAAGUUAACGUUAAGACGACAGAGCCCUAUUUUUGACAAUUGAUUUUUUUGACGACUCACUUGUUGACCACGAAUGCCACUACACAUACUACCUGGAGGAACGCCAAGCUGCAACUGCAAGUCCGAGCAGCUUAGACAAAAAAACUAUUGGAGUACCACUGUAGUUAGGAGGGAUCUAAGUAAAGAUACAACGCUGCUUAUACUCUAACUGAUGACCGUCUGCUGCCUCCUCCUCCACCACCAGCACCCCACUCGCUGUGUCGUCCUUUCACCUCCCCACUGGUCAGGACAAGAACGCAGCAGCACAGCCCGACGCCUCACCGGCUUCCUCUGUGGGCAGUCGGAUCCUCGAUAGCAAGCGGUACUUGUCAUCGAUCAAGGAACUCGGAACUUUCGGUACGAUCGAGGAAUUUUCGCGACAGUUCGCGUUCGUCAAGGGCCCCAACGAACUUGGAAAAGAGUACAACAUCAACCUGUUCCGGAAAGGCUACAUGCCACUCUGGGAGCAAAUGCCUGAAGGAGGCUGCUGGAUCAUCCGCAUCCAAAAGAACUGGAGCAGGGUACUAACUUGGCCAUCACUUCUGCAAUAGUUUUGUCGCGUAAUGAAUACGUUCAUGCUGGUCCCCAGAAUUAUUUUCUGCUUCUUGUGUUUCUGUUUGUUAUUCUUGUUAAACAUCAAAGAGCGUAAUCAUGUCCAAUGGCGUCGAGAAGCAGUCAACGUACUAACACUCGGGCACGCACUAUGAUCUCUCGCAGGCACGACUAGUAACACGUUAUAGUCUUAACUUGUUAAGGCUUGGCUUUGCUCAAAUUCAUUUCAGAUCGAUCAAGCGACGCGAGAAGUGCGACCGUCGUACGUGGCAGAGAGGAUGUGGGUGCGGAUGAUUCUCGCUCUAGUAGGCGAAAGCUGGAAUUUGCCAGACACAGUCGGAGUCGUUUUGACUUACGCCUAGUGCUUAUAAUUCCCUCUACUUGGAGUUCGAGGUACUUAGAACUAACAUCCAAGAAUAUCCGCAUCCAGAAGACCAAAUUAGUACUCAGUACUCCAACUCCAACUCCAACUCCUCAAAUUGUAGUACUUAUAUUAAAUGCACCUGAAUGGGUAUGAUCUCCACGAAGAGAUAGAAAUAAGUCCGGUCAAGCUCUAAACAAUCACACGUGGGAGCUGCGACGUGCUGUCAUUAUGGAACCUGCAUGCCUCGCAGAAGCUUGCGAUUGGAGAUUAUGUCGGGUCUCUACAUUCCUUGCAAAAGCAGUGACUAAGCUCUAAUCCUUGACUUUGACCUCGCGUGUUCAUGUCAGCAUUUACAUCAAAGAACUCCUUUCAUUUUCAAGCGCUCCGCGAGGUCUUGGAGCUGAGUGACCAUACGCUCAUCCAGUACAAGGAACACGCCAAAUCCAUCGCGGACAAUUCGACAUACCUUAACGCAACGAAUUUCAUGGUCACUAAUGAGUAAAGAUGUCAAACAGCUGGAAGAAAAAGGCGAGUUGGUGAGGAUAUUGAUUUGCUGUGACGUGACGGAAUAGAUGAUAGCGCUGAGAUCUUCUAGUAUCUCCUACGAACAACAUCAAUAUUUGGAGAAGAUUUUGAUUUGUUGUACAUCUUCUACAUCCCAUUUCUACAGGAUUAUUUAAAUCACAACUACUAGAGCUCGUUGUAACCGAACCGUUUUUGGUUCGGAUAUCGUUCGCUUUCCAGAUCGACUGAUGAUCCUUCUGGAAAACGUCAACUGAAUAAGUAGAUAACGCUGAUCGAUGAGUAAAGGUAAACGAUUUUGUUUCAUAAAUUGUAUUUUUUGUCGACACGACUAAAUUAGUCGUCCUCGCCGUGAUGAUAUAGUUAUGCGGUCGUGUUGUUUUGUUGUAGUUUUUCAUUCUCACAUUCACUCUGUUCAAUGUCCAUUGAAGAUUGCGGGUGCUAGUGAGCGAAUGGCAAGGUUUGAAGGUUGUACACGACGAGCAACACCGAAAAUCUCCUUGCAACUGUAGGGUUAUGUCACAGACACAUGGAGAUCUCUUUUGUCAAAUACAAUGAACAUAACCUUAGAUGAGUGACAUUCCAGAAACUUUUCUCAUUCUGUCGCAGAUGACUGAAAGCCUCUGCAGGCACGCAACACCGUCUGACGAAUGCACCGCCAUCGAACAUGAAGCGCAUUUUGGUGUUUUCAGGAUCGAAAUUAUGAUUUUCCCGUCAACCACCGACAUCAAAAAGUAGCAC